AUAAACCAGAAAAGAAACACACGAAGGCCCCAGGUCUUGCGUGGAGCAAUCACUUUAGCUAUAAGCGAUUAAGCAACCUAAAGCCCCGGCCUUUCCUUAAAUCACUCUGCGGAGGAGAGAGCGUGGAUUCCCCGCAUACUUGAGCCUCCCCGGAAGCUCUGACUAACACUCCACCAGCAGCCAGACCCCCGGCACCCCCUUGUCCCCCAUGGACCCCCUGAACACCCUCUCGAACUUUGAGUCGGAGAUGGAGCCAGACGGGCAGGGCAGCUACUCCCUGUUCCCUGCGCUGGAUAACAUGAGCAGCCUGUCUGCAACGGCAGAGCCUCUGGAGAUUGAACCUGCCAGCGAUGUUACUGACAAGCCUAACCUCACCUGGCUGGAUGCUGCACAGAUUGUCUUAGAGGAAGCUGGCAGACCAAUGCACAUCAAAGAAAUCAAGCAGAGGAUAAUCGAUAGGGGCUUGGUGCAAUCAAACGCAAAAUCUAGUCUGGAGGCUGUCAUGUAUCGUGAGACACAGAAAGGAAGCAGGCGCUUCAAGAGGAUUGAGAACAGGAACGGAGUGUUUGCGCUGUUGACAGAUGAUGAGAGGCAGCAGGCUUUACGGGCCUUUACAGCCCAGCCGUUCCUAGCAACUCCUGCCCAGCCGCCCUUCUCCACCGCAGGCUCCGGGCCCCCCCUGCCCAGCUUCACCUCACCUCCAGGAGUCUCAGAGCCAAAGACCAGGGUGAAGAAGGUUCUGCGCAAGAGCCAGAACGAGAAGUACCGGCUGAAAUACCUUCGCCUGCGCAAGGCAGCCCGAGCCAUGAUCUUCGAGAAUGCAGCACUAUGUGAUGAAAUCGCCCACUUAGAAGAGAAGUUUGUCCGAGCUAAAGAGGAGCGAAGGUUCCUGCUGAAGAGUCUGCUGCAGCACCAGUCCCUGCCAGAGGGGGAGCUGCACUCUGCCCCCAGUAUAGGCGCCAGUGCCCCGGCUGCCUUCAGCUCGACUGGAGCGGGAAGUUCGAUUCUGGGGGUGCCUGCAGUGCUGGGCCCCAGCGCCCCAGGAGGAGAGGAGGGAGGGAGUAAGAAGUCCAAGAAAGACAGGAAGGACAGAGGGAGAGAGAAUGGGAAGGAGGAUGUGCUGAAGAAAGUCUCUAAAAAGAAGAAGAUGUUGGAGGGCGGGGCUCGGAAGCUGGUCCAGCCAAUCCCAUUGGAUGCCUCGGGGCGGCCUGUGUUCCCCAUAGUCUUGGGUGGGCUCACUGUGUACAGCUUGGGGGAGAUCAUCCCAGACCGGCCACACUUCCAUGAUGACACAGCCAUCUACCCUGUGGGGUUCUGCAGCACCCGGAUGUUCGCCAGCAUGAAGAGCUCCGAUCAGCAGUGUCUGUACACCUGCCAGAUCAAGGACAGAGGCACUGGGCCACAGUUUGAGAUUGUACCAGAAGAGGAUCCUCAGAAUGCUAUUGUUGCUUCUUCUGCCCUAACCUGCCAUGCCAACCUUUUCAAGGCCAUUGAAGCAAUGAGGGGUAAACCGCUAACAAACAUUGUGCCGUCAGGAGCAGAUUUCUUUGGCUUUUCCCACCCAACCAUCCAAAACUUGAUUCAGAGCUGUCCGGGGGCACGCAAAUGUGCGAAUUACCAGUGGGUCCGUUUUGAGGUGUGCCGUCCUGGAGACGGCCAGCUUCCGCACAGCCUCUCUGACGAUGAUGCGUCCAUCAAUUUCGAGGCCUUUCAGAAACAGCAGGAGGCCGGAGCAGACCACAGUGUGACAGGGCCGCUGUGCUCUGCCCUGGAACGCAUGCCGGUGAGCAGUGGAGUUCCCACGGUGAAGAGCAGCGAGGGAGAGGGCUUCAGUGCCUACCAGAUCCACUCUCCAGGCCACCCUCCCCAGCCUUCCAUCUCCUCCCAGCAGAGGACGCUGGGUCAGCAGCAACUGGUCUCUCCCGCACUCCAGCCUGCUGCCUCCACGUCACACUUCGGCAGCCCCUGAGCAGGGUCUCCAAGACCUGCAGCUGGUGACUCCCAGAAUCACAAGGAUCCGGGCGAGUUUGAAGAAAUACACCUGCCCUGGACUGGAUUUAUGUCCCAGUUAUGCUCAUUCUAUUGCAGGUGAAAGGUGUUGGGAGUCCCAGGAUUAUUUGUUAUUUAUACACAGGCAUGUGCUUUUGACAAGUGGAGUAUGCUACUUGGAACUUGGCUGCUGCUGUGAGGAUUCAUUUCACACAAGCCCAAAAUGAUUUUUUUCAAGAGCUUGACACCCUCUGAGAGGAUCUACUUCCAAACUGCUGUGCAUAAUCCCCCCAAAAUGGCAGUGGAUCGUCAUGGUAUUCCCCUUCUACUGCGCUACAACACUGCCAUCUGCAAGAAUUCCACUGAAUACAAGUAUUGAGUUUGUAAACGUCAGUGUAAACUGUACAUUUCCUUUGAGGUAAAAGUCUGGAUUUUCUUAAAGAAAAAUGUAAAAAGA